CAGCAUAUUUAAUUGCAACAGUUUGGGUAUUACGCACAGAAUUAUAGGAUUUAUGUUGGAACUGUUGUAUGCAGAAAAUCCGACUCUGCCACGAUUUGAUGAUGCCUGGUCCGUAUUACAGCUUUUAGCAUCGAAUGCCAUUAUGGAAAAUCAACUGGACAGCAUCCAGGACCAAUGUAGGAAUAUUGAUCGCAUUAUUCAUUACCUAGCAUACCUGUUGGAUAUUUUGCUCUCCGUAGCCAAAAGCGAAAAUGAACUCGAAAUGAUCAAAAUGUUCGUUCGAAAACUAAUCCACAAGGAUAUUCGAUGUGCCACAACCGGUGAAACAUUAUUGCAUCUGUCCGUUAAACGAGAUGGUUUUGAACAUCGAGUGCAUGGUCUCGGUUUCAAGCAUGUGUUCCGAAAUGGUAUCGUUACGAAGCUGUUGCUGGAAUGCGGGGCUCAUAUAGAUUCACCGGACUUGAACGGCGUUCGACCAUCGGAAUUACUGGUGAAAAAUUUGCAGAACGACAUCCCCGUGAAUAAAUUUAUCUCCCUCAAAUGUCUCUGUGCGAAUAGGAUCAUCAAAAUGGGAAUUUCCUACGAAGGAAUAGUGUCCCGCACCAUGGAGGCGUUCGUUCGUGAGCACCAAUGGCAGCGUGCCGAACACGUAUCUACUACAGAAACAAACAGACAGUUCAGACGAAACAGGACUUGUCAAGGAUUGGUGGACCACGAAACUGCAGAUCUGUAACCUAGGACCGGGCGGAUUGGUGCAUGAAUGUUAUGACAAAGAUCUAAUUUUAUAUAAUUAAACUACCCAGUGAAAAGAAAAAUCCAAGUUGUUGAAUUUUAUCAAAAGAAUUCUCAUCCAAUUCCGAAAAUGUG